UCAGUGGCGGAAGCGGGGGAUUUUAUUUGCUCUCCGCCUGCGAGCACGAGCCGGGCCGCGGGGCAGGCCGGGAAUAAGGCCGCCGCACGCGGGGACGCGGGAGCGCGCUUCCCGACCCUCUUCGCGGGCGGAGAGCCAGCAUGGAGAGGGGCGGGGGCGCUUCCGCGGGAAUGCGGCUACCGCUCUUGCUGUUGCUGCUUCUGCUACCUCUGCCCGGGUUGGUGCUCUCGGGCUCCCCCUGGUGGCCGGGCGCCUGGCAUUGCAGCCUCUCGGCGUCCUGCGAAUGCGACUUCUUGCCGGAUUUAACGGGUCUCGAGUGCGAAUUAGCCCUGCGCCUUGUAGGGCAGCCUCUGGCCAGGCAGCUGCUCCUCCAAGGCCUGAAGAGCUUCGUGCAGGACCCUGAGCCCGCCAAACCCUUGGUCCUCUCCUUCCACGGGGCGACAGGCACCGGGAAAACCUACCUCAGCUCCCUGCUGGCCCGGCACCUCUUCCGGACAGGUGUCCGGACUCCUUACGUCCACCGCUUCUCCCCGCAGGUUCAUUUCCCCCAUGCUGACCGUCUCCAGCAAUACAAGGGCGAUCUCCGAAGUUGGAUCCAGGGAAAUAUCACCCAGUGUAGCCGGUCCCUUUUCCUCUUCGACGAGAUGGACGAUCUGCAGCCGGGCUUGAUCGAUGUGGUGGCCCCCUUCCUGGGAUCCUCCUGGGUGGUCUUCGGAACCAACUACCGGAAAGCUAUCUUCGUUUUUAUCAGCAAUAUAGGAGCAGAACACAUUAACCAGAUGGCUUUGGAGCUCUGGCGAGACCGAAAAGACCGCGAGGAGGUCAGUCACCAGGACUUGGAAGCGUCCAUUUCGGAGGCCAUUUCUAAAGACUCCCGAAAUGGAUUCCGGGGAUCCAGGAUCCUUGAGCAAAACCUGAUCGACGUCUUCGUGCCCUUCCUCCCUCUGCGACGGCACCACGUGAAGCAGUGUGUGGUCAGCGAGAUGUCCAGCCAGGGUCUCCCCCCUCGCCCGGAAGUAGUGGAAAGCGUGGCCGACAGCUUUUCCUACUUCCCCGAGGAGGAAAAAAUCUUCUCGUCCACUGGGUGCAAAACGGUGUCUUCCCGCAUCCCGUUUUUCCUAUGACCCCCCCGUUGGGUCAGGCGUUUUCGGUCCGGAAUGGAGCUUACGGUUUUCUUGUAAGCGAAAACCCCUUUGUGGGUCACGGAAAACGGCCGUUGGACUGAAGGACUUAAAGACGGGGCCUUUUGGAAAAGCAAAGAAUGAUGCUUUGGAUCAAACGUUUUCCUCUCCUUACAAACGACUCAGAAUCUGGAUUUUUUUAACUCAAAAAAAAAAAGAGAGAGAGAGAGAGAGAAGAUUGUGUGAUGCAUUUUACAUGGGGAAUCUCCUCUGCUUUUAAAACAUGGUUUCUUGGGAGGUUUUACAGGUUUAGUGCAGUUGAAUUAAUUCGUUUUUCUGCGGAGUCUUAAAAUCCUACCUCUCAAGUCAAGGAUUAUUCUGUGAUUUUAUUUUGUUUUUAUCCAAUAAGCUGUAUGUUAGGAUUCUUAAUUCAGGGAUGGGGUGUUGUUAUUUUAUUGCAGGGGAAUUCCUCGGUGGUGUCAACCAGAACGUGAUGGAGGCUGAGAUGCAGGUUGCUGUUAAAAAGUUACACAAAACACAGCUGCUUUUAAAAGAUG